AAGCGAUCUUCCCCAUCCAGGUAAGACAAACCUGUGCUCAGGGCAUUUAUCAAAGAAGCAUCACAGAAACGCUCGUGAAAUAUAGAAAUCAAAUGAAACUAAACUAAACUAAAAAAACUAAGAUCUGUCAGACAGAUUAAUUCACAUUUUUCUCUGUAUCCACCAUGAAGUCAUUGGCUCUUUUGUUGCUGGUCUGGGCUGCCUUCGCAAAAGCACAACCUGCAGCCAGCGGCAGCUGCGUCCCCACAGCCAAGCAAGAUCUGCUAGAUCUCCUGCGGAAAUGGGAAACGGGGUCUUCUUGCCAACCCUCCAAGCCAGGCAGUCCCCAGAAGCUGUACGGGAGUUGCAAGGACAUCAAGGCUGCCCUUCCAGAGGCUUCAGAUGGCCUGUAUACCCUGAUGAGUGAAGAUGGUGAGGUCUACCAGACCUUCUGCGACAUGUCCACCAACGGAGGCGGCUGGACGCUGGUGGCCAGUGUCCAUGAGAACAACAUCUUCGGGAAAUGCACCGUUGGCGAUCGCUGGUCCAGCCAGCAAGGGAGCAGUCCCAACUACCCCGAUGGAGACGGAAACUGGGCCAACAAUAACACCUUUGGGUCCGCCAUAGCAGCCACGAGCGACGACUACAAGAACCCAGGCUACUACGCUCUUAUAGCCGGAGAUGUCUCCAUAUGGCAUGUUCCCAACAACACCCCAAUGAAGAAAUGGCAGGACGUUUCCUUCUUGAGAUACCACACCGAGACAAGCUUCUUGGCUGAACAAGGGGGUAACCUUCUCCGGCUCUAUGAGAAACACCCGGUGAAAUAUGGCGCUGGCAGCUGUCCAAAAGAUAACGGCCCGGCUAUCCCUGUUGUUUAUGAUGUUGGUGAUGCCCAGAAGACUUCAGAAUUGUACUCUCCCCAUGGACGGGGUGAAUUUGUCUCUGGCUUCAUUCAAUUCCGGGUGUUUAAUAAUGAAAAGGCAGCAUUGGCUCUCUGCUCUGGCGUUAAACUCACCGGUUGCAACUCGGAACAUCACUGCAUUGGAGGAGGGGGCUUUUUCCCAGAAGGAAACCCCCGUCAAUGUGGUGACUUUGCCGGCUUUGACUGGGAUGGCUACGGGACUCACCGCGGAUGGAGCACUUCGAAAACCAUCGUGGACGCAGCCGUGCUGAUCUUCUACCGCUGAGCGGCCGAGUCAGAAUCCGGAGACGAAGGCGCCUGUUCUCCCGGAACAGAGAAAUUUAUGAUUAAAACACACAAUCUGACAACGCUAUGCAACAAAAAUAAAAGCAGCACAUUAAAAUUUG